AUGGCCUCCACCUCCAUUUCAAAGUCCGAAAAGUCGUACAUACAAACAUCGCUCCAAGCGAGUACACCUCUACGCGCCGACGGACGAGGACUCUACGACUACCGGCCCAUCGCGCUCGAGACAGGCGUGGCGCCACUCGCAAAUGGUAGCGCGCGCUUGCGGCUCGGUCAAACUGCAGAUAGCUCUGGAGGGACAGAAAUACUUGCUGGCGUGAAGCUUGAGGUAGAGGAGACGGAAAGUACGGAGGGUCGCAUCAUAUGCAACGUUACAUGCUCGCCGUCCGCGUAUCCCCACGUACAGUCGAAUGCUAUCGAAGACAUAGCGCACGACUACACUGCGAUCUUGCAUGAGGUGCUUUCGCACCCCUCGCUUCUACCUCCGAGCCUACGCAUUCUCCCUGGCCGCAAAGCAUGGGUGCUCUCGCUGGACGUGCUCGUGAUAUCCGACGCUGGCAACGUCUAUGAUGCGAUGUUCAUGGCGGCACAGGCGGCACUGUGGGACACUAAAGUACCGCGCACGCGAGCUGUCGAGUAUCGCGCACAGGGCGGUUUGAGCGGAGGGAAGGACGGAGGAGACAUGGAUGUGGAUGCCGCCAGUCAAAGCGGCUUCAACGUGCGAGCAGAGAGAGCGGUCGCGGAUUUCGAACUCGAGGAUUAUUGGGAUGAGGGAGAUCCGCUUGCCGGAAGGGAUCAAUGGCCUGUCUGCGUCACUCUCAAUCUACUACCGCCGAUGUAUUAUCUCGAUGCCACAGGCCCAGAAGAAGCAGCAACACCUCUACGGCUAUUGUUGAUGUAUAGCGCGCCCGCGCAUGCGGCACCUCGAUUACAGGGAAUGCGGCUGCUGGGCUCCGGCGAGAUCGACCUGUCCUUGAUCAAGUCUUUGGUAUCUUCGGCCCAAAAUCACGCAACAGAGCUUGCAGGUGCGCUACGCGGAAAGCUGAAGGACGAGGAUCUGCGACGGACGGAAAAGGCUAGACAUAAAUUCAGUGCUACACGGUAA